AUGCCCCACAAAUUAAAAAAUUGUUUUAACAGAAUUUUCCGAAUUUUAUAGCGGUGUGUGCACAAGUGUGACCGUGGAUUUAUGGAUCAAAUAUACCGUCUCACCCUCAGCAACCCAAAUAUGCCACAUUUUCAAAAUAGUGUGACCGUGCUCGACUGUUCAAAUACUGCCCUGAAAUGUGCAGCUCUAGUUUUGUGAGAGUGUUGGCCAACAUCGAUUGUUUGGCUUUGCGCAGCACUAGGCGGCUAAAAAAAGCGGGAUUCUGAAUUUGGAGUUAAUGCGAAUUAAAUUGUGUGCAAAAUUAUGGAGACGCCAAAGGGUAGUGGAUAUUCCACACGCCCCGAGCGAACGCCCACCCCCCGAUUGUCUGAGCGUAAGAGGCAAUUGUUUCGCACCCGCAGCACCAAUCUUGAUCAGAUUGACGAUGACGACGAGGUUCGAAUCCUUGGAAUAUCACCACUGAAGCCACAUGCCAGCGCCAAGAAGCCCAGCCGACUCAUGUUUGAUCAGGAGUCUGAGGGCAGACGAUUGCGCAGCAGUACGAGCAGCUCGCCGGAGACUAACAAGGAGAACAAAAAGAUACGUGGAGGAGGAGUCGUCGUGGCUGCCACCGAACAACUGCCGCUUUUAUUUACCAAAACAAUGUGCAUCGAUAGCAAUAGCAGCAGCAUCAAUAGCAGUCCCCGCACGCCCAGAUCGAAGAGGGGUCAUGUGAUCAUUCCAGAGUCGGAUGACGAUGGAGAUGAUGAAGCUGGAGGAAAUGGCAAUCCAAUCCAUCGAGUGGCCACAAAGCGCGUGCACACUAUGGCUACGGCGACGGCUACGUCAGCAGUAGCUGCUUCGUCGCAAGAUUCGGAUACAGGGUCGCCGGAAUCCAAGCUGAGAAGGACAAACCUGGAGGGAAGUAUUCCAACCAUGGCAUUCUAUUCCCAAAGCGGAACAUCCAGCUCGCGAAAUAAGGCGGCUCCCAAAACGGGCAGCUCAAGGCAACAGAAAGAGCAACAGCAACAGCGAGGCGGCAAGGCGAAAACGUCACCGACAUCUCGGCCACGGUUGGGUAUCAAUAAAGGAGUGCACCACAAGAUACGGAAGCCAAAUCGUUACGUUCCGCACAGCCACUUACCUCCUACCGAUAUAGAUCAGAUUCUGGGCGCGUUGCGCAAUGAGAAGCUCAAGAAUCUGAUAACCAAUAAGCGGGAGGAGCGCGCUAAGGUGGAGCAAGUGCACCAAAUCCUGCACAGUGCUCGCGAUCCGAUUAAAAUGGCCAAGCCGUUGAGUGUGAUAGCAGCCGAUGACGCCAACAACAAUAUGCCCGAAGGUACGUGGCAACAGACCUCAGACUUCUCCGAUCUGAGUGAAGACGAAGAAGAGCAGUCCGAUCCAGCUGUGGAGCUGGAACCCAUUAUACCGCUCAUUCGCCAUGGCGCGGUCACCAUCUCUCCGCCCGAGCCGACGGACCUGAGCAAGCGCAAGUUCUUCAAGUCGGGAAGGAGGAGCAGCACGUGCAUGGAAGUUAGGAUCACCGACAACAUAAAAGCCAGUGUAAGCCAGGGGCGGAUAUCUCUGAUCCAGCCCCCCGCGAAGAAGGCACGAAGAGUGCGCGUCAAAUCAGCCACCUUGUUUUCUGCGGAACAGGCCACCGUAGAUGCAAUUCUCAGGAAUCUAAAUGACACAGUCGUAGACGAGAUAGUGGAAUCGAGUGAAUCAAAGGCAACGACGGCUCCUCUCAUUGAGGUGGAGGACACUGCCAUUGAGGUGAAUGAAGCUCCCAUGGAGGUGGAGGACGCUCCCAUGGAGGUGGAGGAGGCUCUCGAAAUGAUUCAAGAAACUGUUCCAGUUCACGAUCAUGACCCCGAUCCCUUUGAUAGAUUCCGGCAGCGACUGCCUUAUAAUACCGAUGAUCCAGAGACCAUGGAACAGCAGCAAAUUCUGCUCGAGUUUCUGAUUAGCAAUAACAUCUGCACGGACGAGUAUUUCGAGUACUUCAUCGGCGAUCCAGACAGUCACAAGGAGGAAGCUACACGGAUUGUCGAUCAGCUGUAUAUGGUAGUCCAUGCUGAACAGUCGGCGCAAGAGGCAGCUAUGCGAUCGGAGGCAGAAGCGGUGGUGGAGAAAGAGCCAAAACCAGAGUCACAACCUCAGGAACAAACCUCUGAUGCAGCAAUUACAAGAAAGCCAAAACUGUUUCCCAUAUUCUCACAACGUCUCCAGCCAGUUCCUCAAAAAUCUACGAGACGCAAGCCAGACACCUCAAUGCGAUUGCAAUCGGCGGCCACUGGUUCCAGUCAGUACCAAAUCGACGCUGGACAGAAGGCAUUCGGUGCGAGGCAGUGUCAGCAGUGCGGCUUGGUCUACACCGUCCACGAGCCAGAGGAGGAGAAAUUGCAUCGCGAGUACCACAAUUCCAUACAUAUUUUACGAUUUAAGGGCUGGCUCGACGAGGACAUUGUGGCCGUGUGUCCAGAGUGGUCAAACGAUGGACGGAUUAUACGCAUUAAUGAACGUGCCCCUGCAGUGCGCCUUGAGAGGCUUAAGGAUAUAGUUAGAGUGGUGGAUAAGGAACUGGGAUAUUCCUCGUAUAUUGUGCCCAAAGAAUUUUACGCCUUUUUCGCCAUACGCAAACAGCAAAUUGUGGGCUUUUGCCUGGUGCAGCCCCUUAGCCAGGCACAUCGGUUCAUUCAGGUUGAUGGAACGGACUACUUUAGCGAAGAGACCUACGAGGCCAGUUGCGGCGUGUCUCGCAUUUGGGUCUCGCCGCUGCAGCGCCGUCAAGGAAUUGCCAGCAAGUUGAUGAGGACUGUACAGGGUCAUACCAUCUUGGGCCAGAAAAUCUCUAUGGAUCGCAUUGCUUUCAGCACUCCAACCGACGAUGGGCGGGCGUUGGCGCGACAUAUCACGAACACCGACAAUUUUUUGACCUACGACCAGUGAUGUGAUCAGGAAGGGAGCAAGGGCUAUUGAAUAGCUGUUUGAUUUAGGAUUGCUUCGAAACCUGUUUUAGUUGUUAAGCGAUUUCGAUUAUGUUAUUUGCAGAUAUUAUGUGGAAUUAAAGCUAUUUUAUUUC